GUUUAUUGCUUUGUUUCUAUACCCAAUAAUUAUCAUCCAGCUAGUCAACAGUUCUAUCUAUAACCAUGACCAUGCAGGAACCCAGCCUUAGUAGCUACCUGACCACUGACUGGCCCUUGGCCCUCUUUCAAAUCGACCCUACCAACACAGCAAGCUACCUACCUACCUACCGACAUGAUGAUAAGACAAACCCAACAAGAUCCAUCAGCAGCCUUACUUACCCUACCCUCAGACCUACUUGGCAAAGUACCUCCCAGCUUCAAACACCCCCAACUCCAAUCCCAUACCCAUCCGUAAACAAACAAACAAACAUCAAACAAACACCAAAUCCAGUCUCGAUGUUAAAUACACAUACAAAUCCGCUGUACAGAGUAGAUGAGACUAGAGAGAGAGACUGUAACAUACCUCGUACCCAACCAACUCCUACCCAGCCUUCACUGUUCCUGGCCCCCAACCCAACCAGUCCUGCCCAGCCCAGCCUACCUAACCCUGCCAACGAACAGGCUACAGGAAUACGCAUAUCCUUGAUCGAUGGGCAGAAAUAAAUCGUAACCACACCCCCACACUCUAGACGAAAAACAAAAAAUCAAAAAAAAAAAAGAGAAAGGAAAAGUCAUGGGUAAAGAAAGGAUCGAAAAAAAGAAAAGAAGAGAAGGGAAGGGACACCUACAAGUCCGACAAACAUGUACCUAGGUAUAUAUGUACCUAAGUACCUAGUACCUAAGCAACACUAUCGUUGUAUAUUGAUUAUUCUGCACAUUGAACAGGAUUAUGUAUACC